UUGUGGUCCAAAUACAAAAAUUGGAAAAUGAACUUGUUCACUAUCUGAUAAGGCAAAGUUUGUCAAAAUUUAAACUUCAAAACGCUGCAUUUCAAAUCGCCAGUUCCUUUCAGGUAUUUAAAUUAUUUCGUAAUUUAUAAUCCUAAAAAUGGCUGUGAGUGAUUGUGAAGUAAAGAAGCAAAUUAACUAUAUGGUAGCCUUCAUUGAACAAGAAGCAAGUGAAAAGAUUGAGGAGCUCGAGAUUAAAGCCGAGGAGGAAUUCAAUAUUGAGAAAGGACGAAUUGUUCAAAGCGAACGUCUAAAAAUUAACGAUUACUACGCAAAAAAGGAAAAAACUGUUGAUACUCGAAAGAGGCUUCAAUAUAUGAACAGGCUAAAUAAUGGUCGAAUUGCGUUGCUGUCGGGACGUCAGGAGCUUUUGAAGUCUGUAAUUGAAGAGGCACGUCAACGAAUGCGAGAAAUGACCCACAUAAAGAAAACUUACGGAAAAAUUUUAAAGAAUUUGAUCUUAGAAAGUUUUUAUCAAACUAUGGAACCGCAUGUAUUGCUUCGGUGUCGUGAGGUAGAUGUACCAUUGGUAGAAUGCGUCCUGCCAAAUGCUGUCCGCAAAUAUACCGAAAAAACUCAUACCGAACUGACCGUGGAAAUUGAUAAAGCUUUGUACUUAUCCCCGUACAGUUCCGGAGGGGUGGAAAUAUCAGAUAUGCAUAAAAAGAUUAAAGUUGAUAAUACUUUAGAUUCGAGGUUAAAUCUCAUUUGUGAGAAACUGGAACCUCAAAUACGAGUUGCUCUGUUCGGCAAGAAUCCUAACAGAAGGUUUGAAAUUUGAAAUUUGUAAAAUAUU